AUGGCUGAAGUCGCCGGCUGGGGUACGCCGUCUAGUCUACUCAAGGUCUUAGAAAAAGACUCGGAGAUCUUGCGCAGUCUACUCUCCGAGUUCUCUUAUAUGGCGCGAGAAGCUCAGUUUCGGCUACUUUGCUUCUGGGAAGAGAACGAUAGCGAUUUGGUCAACUAUCUCGUGAAAGGAAUCACAUGGCUGAAAAGCAAAGAGCGCAUUGUUGACCAAUCUUCGGCAACAAUCGAAUCAUUCGACAGCAUCUCUCUCAUGUCGGAUCAUUUCCAACUCAACAAGUUCCCUGGGCCAAAGGAUGGUAACUUCACUUCCGUCUCUGAUGAGAUCCGUGAGACAGCCAACAAGGCGGAUAGCAUCAUUAAGACGCGUCAGAACAUGCUUCGACAAUCUCAAGUCGAUGAUCGCACCUACCACAGCAUGAUGGAUGCGCUCGGCAAAGGAUUCGCCGACGUAGAAGCCGCCGUAAAGGGCACCUACACAGGAGCGAAGGGCACGAAGUCAUCAUCAGUGUUGGAAAUCGAAAACUUUCAGACCUGGAAGAACUCGAACGCAAGUCCCAUCCUUUGGAUCCAUGGAAAGGCUGGUACGGGCCAAGGUGCGAUCGCAUCUUCUGCUCUUGAACUUCUCCGAAAUGCACAAGCAAACAACUCUAUGAUCAUAUCGUUCUUUUGCGACCAGGGUGACACGAUGCGACGAUCGCUGAAAGGUCUUCUGCAAAUGGCUGUCCGCCAGAUGAUCGACAUGGACCAAGAUCUUGCCCGACACCUGCUUUCAGAUUCUCGGAGCAGCAAAGACGCUGGAAAGCAAAGCUUUGACACUGAAGAGAUACUCAAGGUGCCUGCUUUAUGGAUAGCACUACAUAAGAUGGCGCGGGAUCUGCCUAACACUAAGAUCUACAUCGUGGUGUAUGGUGUGGAGCAGCUUGCGGAAGAAUCGUUGGAACAAUUCUUGCGGUACAUGUCAGAGACGCUAGAGACCGAGGGUACGACAAACGAUGAAGAGGAGUGUCAACCCGUUAGAUGGCUGCUUCUCAAUCGCAGCGGGCGCCCGAACAUCGAGAAAUGCUUGAGACCGCGAUCGUUGGAGAUCAAUCUGAGCGACGCAGAGAACUCUGCGCAGAUUAGUGACGACCUCAAAGCGCACAUAUCAAACAGCGUCGACGAGCUGGAUCUUCCAAGGUCUUUGGCAUAUUUCGUGAAGCGCCACAUCUACUCGCGCGCGGAAGACAACUGGAUCUACGUUAGUCUAGUCGUACAAGAAGUCAAGAAUGCGUGGGUCCCCGGAUCUACACAGCACGCACAGAUCCGAAGACUGUUGGAGUCAUUUCCGUAUGGUCUGACCGACAUGUUUGAGCACGUGCGAAAGCGCGUCCUAAAUCCACAAGCGGAGGGCCAUGAAUACACGAAAGAGAUAUUGCGUUGCAGAAUCUCGGCGUAUGUAGCGCCCACCAUGCGCGAGCUUGCGAUCAUGGCCGAGCUACCUCAGCAACAUCGCAACGAUGUGGACAAGCUGAAAGCAUACAUAGUUCGCUGUGGUGCAUUCUUCACCUUGAGAGGUAACGACUGGGAUCUGGAUAACAGCACUGUCGAAUGGAUUGAUAUCUCCGCACAGGAACAUCUCCGACAGUAUGCAAAGAACGACUUAUCUCUGGAUCUCGACGAUGUUCAGCAUGGCAUCAUCGCGUUGCGUUCGUUGGAGUAUAUAUACGACGCCGUCAAACAUCAAGACAUUGCAGAACACGAGCUAGAGGACGAAAACGAAGAUCAAGAGGAAGAAAAAGAGGAAGAAGAGCCAGCGGAGGAUCUUGAGGUCGAAGCAGAGGAGGCGACCGAUACGACCGAAGCCGACAGCAAGUCAGUACACGAUAGCGCCAGCCAACAAAGCGAACAGGACGAAAAUGACCAACAGGACGAAGACGAUGAAGACGAAGAAGAAGACGAGGCUGAUUCAUCCUCGGUUGGAGAAGAAAAUCAAGACGAAGGUCUGCUAGACGUUGAUCUACGAUAUCCUGUUCGGUACUGGGUGGAACAUGCGAAGCGAGCACCACCGGAUGUGCUCGAAGAGAUUGACUUCGACCACUCGUUCUGGCAAGAAGCCUCUGACGCUCGUCAAAGAUGGUGGAAGACCAUAGAAGAAGUUCACAACAUGACAGAUCAAAAAGACGUAUCGCCACUCCAUGUCGCCGUAAUCCUCGAGUUCCCUGCUUUAGUCGACCACAUCCUGAGCCACAGGGAGACGGUGGAUGUCCACUUACAAGACUCACUGGGUUUCCAGCCUCUGUAUUACGCAUGCGAUGGUGGCUGUGGAGAGAUUGUCAAUGCGCUACUGGGAGCAGGUGCUGACAUUGACUUUUCGAGCAGCAGCGCCAACCCUACGGCGCUGCAUGCUGCGUCAAGGAACGGCCACUACGAUGUUGUCAGCACUUUACUCGACCGCGAGGCCGAUGUGAACGCCUCGUCGUCAGACCAUGGAACAGCGCUUUACGCGGCUGCGGGCAACCUCGAAAAUCGCGUCGUGAAGCUUCUGCUCGACCGCAACGCCGAUGUCAACGUCAUUGGUGGCCCUGGCCGAAGAGCGCUGAAUGUGGCCGCAUUCUCAGGCAAUACUGAAGCUGUUCGCCUAUUGAUCGAGAGAGGCGCUAGUAUUGACCCCAACGAAGAGUACUUCUACGGGUCUGCACUUGGUGCCGCCGCCCGUCGUGGACAUGCUGAUGUUGUCCGUCACCUCUUGUCACAGUCGUGGAAUCUGAGCCGACCGAUGAAGACCUAUGGAAGCUUCUUGAACGCAGCUGCUACCUACAACCAUCUGGAAGUCUUCGAGAUCUUGCUCGAGAAAGAGGAGCGCGUUCUCGUGCUCGAACAGGCAUUGCAAGCUGCUGCGCAACGGGGCUACGAUGCCAUUGUCAAGGCCGUUCUGGAAAAAGAAUCCAAAGUACCGUCGUGCAUCAUCAGGUACCAGAGAGCGUUUUCUUUGGCCGCCUUCUACGGUAGAACGGAAGUGCUCAAGUUACUUCAUCCAAAGGGAAUCGAUCAAACGCAGCUAGACGAGGCCCUGUAUCAGGCUACCGACAACGAGCAUCUGGAGACCGUGAAGCUGCUUCUCGACUUUGGCGCCAACCCAGAUACGGAAGGGCCUACGUAUGGCUUUGCGUUAGCCGCCAGUGCAUACGACGGUACAGCAGACAUCAUGAAGGCUCUUCUUGAUAAAGGCGCGAACGUCAACAAACGCGGUGGAGAUUACGGCACAUGCAUCCAGGCCGCUGCAUGGCAUGGUGAUGCCGACAACGUUCGACUGCUACUUGAGCGCGGAGCCGAGCUCAACACUGAACCAAUUGGUUAUUACGGCACCGAGCUGCAAGCUGCUGUUCAUACUGGCGAUGAAGACACCAUUCGCCUUCUUAUCGAAGAAGGAGCUGAUGUGAACGCAUUUGGAGGGCACUUCUCGUAUGCCAUUGUUGCUGCGGUAGAGCAAGGCGACAGCACUGCAACCAAGAUUCUGGGCGAAGGCGAUGAGGAAUGUUGCGAGGUAUUGCUCCAAGCUGGCGCGGAUGUCAACGCUGUUGGUGGGCCAUAUGGAACGCCGCUGCAAGCUGCUGCAUGGGCCGAGGAUAUGGAAAGUGUCCAAGUCCUACUGAAAGCCGGUGCCGACAUUAGCAUCACGGAGCCCAUAUCCGGCGAGUAUGGUUCGGCUCUACAGGCCGCUUGUGCUGCUGGCUCAUUCGAUAUCGUCAAAGAGCUGUUACAGCAUGGUGCGGCUGUCAACAUCCGGCCAGCGAAUGGAAAAUUUGGCGGUGCACUCUCUGCAGCCGCUGCCGGCGGGUUCGAUAAGCUUGUAAAGCUUCUCAUCAAACAUCACGCCGAUGUGAACGCUAGUGGUGGCCUACAUGGCUUCCCUAUCCUGGCUGCCGCUCAGUCUGGCGUCUUACCUGUCGUGCAGCGCUUACUCGACAACGGUGCCAAUGCUUCAGCGCUAGGAGGCAUACUUGGCUCCACUGUAGCUGCUGCAGCUUACGGGAACGACUUGGAAAUUAUGCGGUUGCUGAUAGAACAUGGGGCCGAUGUACAUGCAAAGGGGGGGAAGUAUGGCGAUGCCCUACAAACAGCAGCGAUGAAAGCCGAUAUGGCCAUCAUUGAGGAACUUCUCGACCGGGCCAUCGAACUCGUUAAUCAUCACGAUGGCAAAUAUCAUACCGCUCUCGUAGCCGCCUCAUACUUCAACCGCAUGGAGGUGGUUGUCAAGCUACUUGAUGCUGGAGCAGACUUUCGGGUUCAGGGCGGAAUGUACCGAAGUGCUAUCUCCGCGGCUGCCAUACGAGGUAACAAGACUAUUCUGGACAAGUUUCUCGCGAUGAAACCUCCGGAUCACCUCUUGGAUGAAGCGUUCGUUGAAGCUUGCGCUUAUCGUCAAUCAGCUUGUGUCGACGUUUUACUGAAGGCUGGCGCCAAUGUCUACGCACGACAUCCGAAUCGAGGGUCUGCAACCGAAGCACUUGAUAUAUCGGAAGAAGAGGAUGAAAAUUCCGAUCUGGAUGAUGACGAUGAUGAGGACGAGGAAGAAGAUUCCGAUGAUGAAGAGGAGGAAGAGACUGAUGAUGACGAAUGGGAAGGUGACGACAUCUCCGUGGCCGGACAGACCGAUGCAGGCAGUGUCACCGACGUGGAACUGGAAGAAGAGUUGCCGGAAGAGGCCAAGAUACGAAAACUGUUGAGAGAGGCACAGGAUCGCUGCAAACGCAACCCAACAGUGAAGCGGUUUAGGACCGUGAAGCAUCAGGAGAUUCCGCCAAGCCUCAGCGUUGGGAUAAACCGUCGUCGUCCAGUACCACCAUUACCCUCGCAAGCAGUGCGCGAAUCAACCACACACAGCGAUGAAAAGGAAGUUAUACCGCCGCAUAGUCAGCACUCUCAGGAAACCUGGAGUAUGCCUUUCCACCUCAGAUCAGGAAUGAUAGACGCUGCGCCGGUUCAACAUGCUCAACCAGCGCCAGAGGUUCCAUUCUCCUCGUACGCAAGCAAUCCGGCUUCUGGACCUGCUGCAGGCAAAGUCCAAUCUCCGCCAUUAUCGUCCGAACGAAUGCGAUCGUCCAUCGAUGACCGACAACGGCAAGACUCGGCCUCUUCCUUGCCAUCACAAAGACACAGCUCGAUUGGAUCGAUAGCUAGUGUUUCGCAGCUUGACAGCACGACGAUGAGAAAGGGUAGUGCAGACCACGGACUCAAGAGAAACAGCAAGGCUGUGAAUCGCAAGUCAGUCGCAAAUCUGGAAGCAGUCAAUCGGUACCACCAGCAGCGGCAGUCAAGCUACUCAAAGCCCACACCACCGCUAGACCGAUCGAUCUCAGAACGCGACUACGCUGCUCAAGUCACAGCAGUUCAAUCAGGCGCAACCGUGGAUGUAUCCAGGUCCAUCGCAGGCACCCCAGCAACAGUACUUGCCGUAUACAUCGCCGCCGCUCCCUCCAGCACAGCAAUCAUACAUGCCUUAUUCGCAUACAAGUGCAGCUUCUUCUCCGGCUUCGAGGCCGAGCAGUCAGUAUACGAAUACAGGUAG